AUGGAUGCAGGAAGUGGUAUGCUUGUUCAAGAUCCUACUAGAGGUGGUCAUACUCUGGAUGAUAUUUAUCAGGCUAGGCAAGUAGCUGUUGAUGCUCCUACUGAAAGUUCUUCAAGAUCAAGAAGUUUAACUGGAACUGCCAGAUUGCUUUCCGGAGAGGCAUUAUUACACAAUUUGAUUUCACAAUUUUCAAUUAUGGCUCAAGUUGUUGAUUUUAAAUGUCCUAGAACAGGAAUAAUUCUUACCGGGAUUGCUCCUCCAGAGUCAGGAUUUGACUUCUACAGUCGAUAUUUCAGUCCUAAAUUUGGAAUCAACGAGGAUCCUGUUUGUGGAAGUGCACACUGUGGCUUGGGACCCUAUUGGAGCAAGAAGCUGGGAAAGUUUGAUUUAAGGGCUUAUCAGAAAAAUCAAAUAGAAAGAUAUAAAGAAAAUCUAGGAAUAUAUAUUGACUAG